ACGGACAUCGAUGGGUCGGCAAUCUUACCCGCACGCGUCCAACCGCUGCCCAGAAGGUGCCACGGUGUGCCUUCCAUCAAGCAUUCUCGAUCAAUUCUUAUCCCGUUGACUGGAGCCUCCAGCUGCCGAAAGCCUGAAUUUUGCGGGCCCCAGCGGGGGGGUUCACGACUCAGACGCCAAUUUCAUUGAGCACCUUCACCAUAUCGCCAGAAGAUCAACCCUGGAGCGCGUCCAACUGCAACGGAAUUGGAUCGUGGUCUGCGCCUGCCUUCGCCAGAUCACAGAUACUCACAAUUCCCAAGAUGCCCGAGGAGGGCGAUACACGAGAGCGCCUCAAGGCCGCGCUCUGGUUCUCCAUUGGCAAGAUCGUGGACGAGGAAACCAUGAAAAGGCAGCGAAACGCCACGCCGCAGUUCAUCGGUGCCCUCACCGACAUGGUCUACACCCAGAUCGAAAACGUGGCAAAGGACCUGGAGAGCUUCUCCAACCACGCCGGUAGGACUACCGUCACGACCGAUGAUGUUCUACUCCUAGCUAGGCGUAACGAGGAUCUCCACGGAAUAAUCAAGCAAGUCGUCGACCAGCAAAAGGCCGAAAAAGCCGCUCAGGCCACCGGAAAGUCGAAGAAGUGAGCAUCAGCGGUCUAAGGACCGAGGCUUUACGUCUACGAGUAUCGUGAUGAUUUCAAGGCGUCUGGAAAUGAAUCGGCUUGGCUUAUGGGUGAGCAUUUUGGCUGUCUGGGGCCAUGGGCAUGUUUAUACAAUGUUUGUUACCGGGAUGAUUGACAAUACCCUAUCAGUACUUUUUUUUGUUGUAGAGAAGGAGAAAUAUGUGCCUUGCGUAGGGACCGCGGACCUCGUUGGUGUGGUCGAUGGAAAAGGUCUGCUUGCACAUGCUGCUAAGCCCCCACGGUUGAUAU